CGGGCGCGGACUCGCGAUAGCUCGCGAUGUCGCAGUAUUUACGUCUCUCUUCAAGGUCCCUUCAGCGUUCCCAAUCUGAUGUCCGGUUGGCGUCAGGAUUUGUGGACGGAGGAACAUGCUGGUACUAUGCAUUCAAAGCCGAACGGCGGUCAUCAUGCAUUAUCAAGUCCCGUGCAUCGGAAAGUCGGCCGGUCUCGCAGCUUUCGCUUGCUGAGCGCCAACGCCCCAUCGUCCUUGGCAUAUUGGACAGUGUCUGCAGCGCCGCUCGUGUGGAGCGAUCUAGUCAGCAUGCAAUAUAUAAACGGUAUGCUGCAGUAGAAUCUCGUCGCGCAUCUCCUCCUUGUUCCUCCUCCUCGGUUUUCAUCCCCUCAGGGUACGCGGAUCUCUCGCGGCGACAGGAUGCCUGUCCGGCACAACAGUCGGUGACAUGUCGUCGAGCUCAUAAUCCUCAUGCUCGUAUCUGCAACGGUGAGAUGGCCUCAUACAUGCGUUGACUCCGACUCCAGACAGCAGGCGCGGCAUAGCAG